AGUCGUGAGCGAAAAGCCACCGAAGAAGGUUGCUUCGAUUCUCAAGGCCAAGAUAGUGUUCGGUUACGGGAAGAUUUUAAGAAAGAAAGUGUUGCGUGAGGAUAUUUAAACGGAGCGAUCUACGCACAUGCCCAAGUACCGGCCCGAUGAUCGAUACCUGUGGAACACCUGCUGACACCUCAAUCGACAGUUAGUAAGGAUCUGUGGUAGACGAAUCUCUCGACCAGCUCGAAGAUAUGAGGCUCCCAAGUAUAAUACUUCUAUUGGCUGUAGUGAGUCUCUCACAGGCGAGAGUUUUGGAAAAAAAGAGUACCAAAAUCACAAAUAAAUCCCCUAUCGUCCUACGACAAGAUGUUGAAGAAUACAGCGACAGCGAAAAUGCAGUGGAUGGUAACAUUUCAGAAUCGAACGCCGUUGAUGAGGCGGAUGCAAGUGAAAUAGUGAACUGCUACGAAGUUAACUGCAAUGAAGCUAGUAGCAAUGUUAAUGCUGAUGAAGAAACCAAUUCAGAGAACAACGAAGUCUUACAAGAGAUCAAUCAGGUCCCUCAAGAGCCAGUCAGCGAAGCACCAGUUGUUAACACCGAUGAUGCUAAUCCCAUAAAUCGAUAUUGCAAAUGCACCACGUACGAAUGUAACUGUUGCCGAGACUUUGCACUCCCUCUAGUCCCUGUAAAAGGACCCGGUUGCGCCACGGUUCAAUACUUGGAAGGUAAUCGUAUGUCCAUUGGCGUGAAAUUUGGAGAUCGAGUUUUGGCAAGUCGCGUUAUAUCAGGUCGGAAGGCUACUCCGGUAUGUAUACCACUGCCAGGUGGCUUCAACCGGUUUUGCGGACGUAUAUAUGGCAUUAACAGAAGAGCAGAUGAUCAUUUUAAGGCAUGUCUUGGUCUAGAACUAAGAGCCGAUAAUGAAAUAGAAGCGGUAUUGCGUGUCUCAUGCUUCAAGUUCGGACCACGUGGCUUGUCGGUAACCGAGCCAGAGCCACUUCCACCAAUUGCCGAUGUUGAUGGAGAUGAAGAUGACGAUGAUGAUGAUGAUGACGACGAUGAUGACGAUGAAGCUGAUGAUUUACUCGGAACGUUGGGAAUUGCCGAUGAUGACGACGAUGAUGAUGACGACGAUGAUGAUGAAGAAGACGGCACUGAGCUGGAGGAACCAGAAAUACAAUCAUCUGAACCAGGAUAUACAGGAUUCAGUCUUUUGGAAGGGGAUUUUCUAGGAGACCUACUUGGUACCACCAACCAAAAAAAGAAGAAAGCGGCUCUUAACAAAAUUGGUACCACUCCGGCCUUGAGCAAAGACGCAAACAAUUCAAUAAAACAAAGUAAUGCUGUAAUUGCCGAAGCAAUAAAAGUUAAUAAUACGAAUACGAAGGACAAGGAUGAUGACGGUUCAGAUGAAAUAGCGGACAUCGUGGAAUCAAUCGUGACUGGAGGCGAUGACAGUGCGGAAGAUGAUGAUGAUGACGAUGAAGACGAUGAUGAUGAAGAAGAAGAAGAUGAUUCCAAAGAAACAAAAGGAGUUACCGAAGAAACUACCACUGAAGAAGACGACUAUGGAGAAAGCGAAGAAGAAAAUGAUGUUGACACAGAUGAAGAAAUUGCGAAUACUAAGCAGUCUAAGAAGCCAAAUACCGGCUUCAAUUGGAAUAAUUUGACAAGAUUGUUCCGAAUAAUUUCUUAGGCACAGACAAAUGAGAAACUUCAUUAGCGGUUAAUCAACUCGUUGAUAAGAUGAAGCAGAGCGAUAAAUUUAGCUCAAAUUUAUCCGGCGAAACAUGAGUAGAGGAUAUUAGUACUUAAGACACACGUGUGAUUCGAUUUGGAUUCCGAUAACACGUUCUAGUAUAAUUUGUAUCCAAAUUCAUACUUGAAAAAUGAAGUACUAGAUGGUGUUUCCUGAACCACACGUUUGUCUGCGGUAUACAGCUAAAAUAAGUAGAAAUACAUAAAAGGGCUAGUAUUUCGCCGCGUAAAUUUCUCGAAAUAUCAUCACUUUGCUUCUUUUUUAGAAACGACAGAUCGCCAAUGGAUCACAAACAUAUUUUAAGAAAACUUUGUAAAUCUGCUAGAAACGAGACCAUUCAUAUUUAUUUAAUUUAUUUAAUUUAUUUUAAUUUAUUGUAGUUAUUUAUUAUUACCUAAUUUUCACGAAGAACAGAAAA